AUGCCCACCGUCAUCGAGCAAAGCAGUCCAGCCCUCUUUGGAGGAAAUCCCGACGCUCGUCCUCGAGUCUCGUCGCCCCUUGAGGACUCUGGGAGUCUGGAUGCUUACCAGUCCCUAGACCUGACUCCUGUCAUUGGCAGAGAGUACCAUGGUCUCCAAGUCGCCGAAAUCCUGCAAUCUGCCAAGCGCGACCAGCUGAUUCAGGACCUCGCAGUCACCAUCUCUUCACGCGGAGUGGUGUUCCUACGUGACCAGGAUGUGACACCGCAGCAAAUGCGGGAGUUCAUGGAGGACUUGACCCGGUUAGCAGGCUGCCCGGAAUCAUCAGGUCUCCAUGUCCAUCCCCUCACAGAGGAAGGGAGCGAGCUGGGCGACCAGAUCAGUGUCAUCAGCAGCGAGAAGCAAAAGAAGGGCGGCGGUCUUACACACCAGCUCAGCGACGUGAGUAGAUUCGCGUCCGCAGGCUGGCACACAGACAUCAGUUUCGAGCGCGUCCCGUCAGACUACGCCAUGCUCAAGAUCCACACUCUUCCUGAAACAGGAGGGGAUACGCUAUGGGCGUCCGGUUACGAGAUUUACGACCGCCUGUCGCCUGAGAUGGCGUCCUUCCUAGAGCGCCUGACGGCGACCCAUGAUGCUACUUUCUUCCAUGAGGAGGCGCGACGACUGGGAAACCCGCUGCGGAAGGGGAUCCGUGGAUCACCGCUGAAUCAUGGCGACGAGCUCACAUCCAUCCAUCCUGUCAUUCGGACGAACCCCGUUACCGGGUGGAAAUCAGUAUACGUGAACAAAGGCUUUACCAAGCGCAUCAACGGAGUAACAAAAGACGAGUCGGAUGUGCUUCUGCACUAUCUCUUCAACCUUCUCACACAAAACCACGACGCUCAAAUCCGCUUCAAAUGGAGGAAGAACGAUAUGGCUAUCUGGGACAACCGGUCAACCUGGCAUUGUGCGACAUACGACUACGCAGAGGCUCGCAGCGGCGAUAGACCACUCUUAAAUAUUAUGUCUUCCGGCCACCAAUUAUCGGAUACUGUUAUUUUUCACCCCAAAGCUCCACCUCCGCCUACACCGCAAAUUGAAGACAUUCGCUCACACAAGCACGAUGCGGACCUACGCAAGUCCUUGUUGGAGGCUCUCAAUAAGAUUCCCGAUGAACUAAGCGCCGUAUUGCCGGAUCUCGUGCUAUGGGACGAACAAGGCCUGAAACUCUUCGAGGAUGUCACACAAUGCUCUUCCUACUACCUAACGAGAGAGGAAAUUGAGCUCCUCACAAAACAUAGAUCGCAAAUCGCCGCCCACAUCAAGCCAAGAAGCAUGAUCGUAGAGUUAGGGAGUGGAAAUCUACGCAAGACCAAAAUCCUCCUCGAUGCGCUUGAAGAACUUGCCCGCCCGGUCGAUUACUACGCCCUCGAUGUCUCCCACCCCGAGCUCCAGCGUACCCUCGGUCCGUUAGUACGUCAGUAUAAGCAUGUGCGGUGCUCCGGGCUACUAGGAACAUACAGUGAUGCCCUCGAAUGGUUACAGAGCCCGCCGAACAAGAAUCGGCAAAAGACAAUAUUGCAUCUUGGGUCGACACUGGGAAAUCUCGACAGGAAAGAUGCAGCGAAGUUCCUGUUCGACUUCGGUCACAUCCCUAAUUCCUCCAUCCUGCUUGGCUUGGACGGCUGCAAGGAUGAGCAAAGGGCCAAGCAAGCAUAUAAUGAUCCGGAGGGGCGAAAUCACAAGUUUAUCAUGAACGGACUCGUAUCCGCCAACAAAAUCCUAGGAGGGGAUAUUUUUGACCUUAAAAACUGGGUUGUUGACCGCGACUGGGAUGAUCAGGAAGGGGUACACUAUCAAUACUACUGCCCCUCUGGUGUGACAUCUUUAAAUGGAGUACGCACCGAGACUUAUAACAGGCUGUACGCUGCCCGUAGCCACAAGUAUGAUGAUGAAGAUCUGGAACACCUGUGCAAGGACGCCUCUCUAAUCAGGUCAGACUCCUGGAAAUCUGACAACAUGUAUCAUCUUCUUUACCUAACCAUCGACUGGGUAAAGGUUUAUUAA